AUGGCGCCCCGCGCGCCGCCGCGCCGGCGGCCUGCUCCCGGCUCCGCGGGAGGAGGCCCCGCCGGUUUCGGGGACUCCGCGCGCGUGCUGCUCGCGCUGGCCGCGCUCUACGCCGCCAUGUCGCUCCUCGCCUACCGCGUCAUCCACAUGCGCCACGUCGCGCCGCUCGGCGCCGACGCGCCGCGGGGGAACUUCUCCGAGGGACGCGUGUUCCAGCACCUCCGCCGCCUCGCCGUUGACAUCCCUAGCCGCCAGGAGGGGAGCCCAGGGCUGGAGGCCGCCGCGCAGUACAUCAAAGGGGAGCUCCAGGUUCUCGCCGCGCGUGCGGGCCCGGAGUACAGAAUAGAGGUUGAGGAAACACUUGUUAGUGGCUCUUUCAGCAUGAUGUUUCUGCGUCAUAGAGUAACACUAGGCUACAGGAAUCAUAAAAAUAUUGUCAUGAGUCCGCUUGGAUCUCCUGGUGCAGCAGACUGUGGUUCUUGUGUUGCAUCUAUGCUUGAGCUAUCACGACUCAUCAUUGACUCUGGGUGGGUCCCUCCACGACCGGUGAUUUUCCUUUUCAAUGGUGCAGAGGAACUUUUUCUUUUGGGCUCACAUGGUUUUAUCAAGACACAUAGAUGGAACAGGACAAUCAGUGCUUUCAUCAAUAUUGAAGCUUCUGGAAGUGGGGGUACAGAUUUAGUUUGUCAAUCUGGACCUGGAUCGUGGCCUUCUCGUAUUUAUGCUCAGACUGCAAAGUACCCUAUGGCAAAUAGUGUUGCUCAGGAUAUGUUUGGAAUAAUCCCAGGUGAUACAGAUUAUAGGAUAUUUGCUGAAGACAUUACGAACAUUCCAGGACUUGAUAUUAUUUUUGUUCUCGGUGGUUAUUUCUAUCAUACUUCAUAUGAUACGUUGGAGAAUCUACUCCCUGGAAGUAUUCAAGCUCGUGGUGAAAAUUUAUUCAACCUUGUGAAGGCAUUCACAAAUUCUAUGUUGUUAAAAGAGAAUGAGAUACCUAAUAAAGCUGCUAAGGAUGGAAUUGAAGAUUUGCGUGCAGUCUUUUUUGAUUAUUUGACUUGGUUCAUGGUGUUUUAUUCUCGUGAUAUCUCUCUGAUUCUUCACAGUCUACCGGUAGCCAUUUUUCUUCUUGUACCGCUGUUCCUGAAGUUCCCAAACAUUACCUUGAUGUCAUGGUUUGUAACUCUUCUAGGUUUCAUGAGAGGAAUGUUACUCCAUGCGUUUGGUGUCAUCCUUGCAAUAUUUAUUCCUGCUGUGGCUGCAGCAUUAAGAUUGUUAUUCACGAAGAAUGCAAUGAAUUGGUUUGCUCACCCUUAUUUGGUGUUCCUUAUGUUUGUCCCUACUUCAUUGAUUGGUCUAUUGCUGCCGAGGGUUACAUGGGGCCUAUCGGAGCAAGCACACUUUUGGGGUGCUUUUGGGUUGUGUUCUUUAAUAACUAUGGCCUUCACGCUAGCUGGGCUGAGUGGAGGUUUUCUAACAUUUUUCAUUUCCAUGUCCAUGCUUCUUGGGCGAUUUGUCUCUAGCAUCAAUAGGAAGCAGUGGAGCCAACAAUCACCUAGGCCGUUGGUUGCGUAUGUGCUGCCUAUGAUCCCAUGUCUCCUUUAUUGUCUUUACUAUGGCGGAUUCCUUAUCCAGUUCCUGAUUGAAAAGAUGGGCAUGAUGGGAUCUCUUCCAAAACCAUAUGGAUAUUUUGUGCCUGAUGUUAUUGUUGGAGCUGUUGUUGGAUUAGUGGUUGGUUGGUGUUUUGGUCCUCUAGCACCUGUUGCUGGUCGUUGGUUGUCGAAGACCUCAAUUCUCCAUGUCUUUCUGCAAAUUACAGUGGUUGCUUGGGCUGUCUCAUCUCAACUGUUUCCUUACAGCACUGGAGCACCAAAAAGAGUUGUUCUUCAACAUACUUUUGUUACAGAUGGUAAUAAUGUUAUAGAUUCAAGCUAUGGUUUCUCUGUGGUUGAUUCUAACUCAUUGGAGUUUCUUUUCAACAAUGCACCUGAGGCCGCCAGAUGGCUGAAGGAUAACUCUGAGUUGUCUUUUGAAGAAGAAUAUCGGUCUGAUAGAAGCUCAUGGUUGGCUCUGUACCCUGUCCCGUUCUUGUUCUCUGGAAGUUUAAAAUUUCAGGCACAAACUGAAGAGAUUAGAAAGUAUUACCAGCGUUUCCCUCAGUUAGCUGUUCAGGAGAUCUGGGAUAACAAUGGGCAGCGAAGGGUGCAUCUCAAACUUUCACUUGGUUCCUUAUCAGAAAUUUGGACCUCUGUGCUCAAUAUUACUGGGCCACUAUCAAAUUGGUCCUUUGCUGAUAACAUGCUCCCAGCUCCUCAAACUGUAAGUGGCGGGCCACCAUCAUAUAUUUGUCGACUUAGUGGAAAGAGCGAUGUGGAUUGGUCUUUCUGGUUGGAGGAAACUGAGUCAGUAAGACCAAGUGGCCAAUGUAUACUGUAA